AAGAAAAAAGAAAAAGAAAGAGAUAUCAUCAGUUAGCGUAACGAUACCACCGUUUUAAUUCAUUCAUUCAUAUUUCAUAUACACAUAUACAUACACAUACACACACACUAAUAAUAAUUUGGCCACUUCUUCAUACCCGUCCUUCUGUCUCUCUCUCCCACUCUCACCCCACUUUUUCUUUUUUGGAAUAUUAAUUCUUGCUUUCUUCUUCUUCUUCGGUUACCAUUAUUAUUAAGCAGAUUUAUCUCUUGGUUUCUGAGACAAUAAAUAAAUAUUUAUUUAUUUUUAUUUAUUUAUUUUUAUUUGGCAUUUGAGUGGUGCUGGUGGUGGGUAAGGUAAGCUUGUUGUGGAUCGUUUUAAUGGAAGGUUGUAGAUGAUGAUCGAUUCUCCUUUGCCUUAUCUAUAAAGCAUUGUUAUUUUUGAGGAUCUGGGUAGGUGAAAGCUUUAGCUUUUCUUCAAACUCAAUCAAAGGACCUUUGCUAUUUCCAGGUGGAAACUUUCUGUUUAUUUUAACCACAUACUUUAAAAGCAAUACAAGUUAAGGUAGAUUAUCUUCUUGCCUUUAGUAAAAAUUAUGUUGGGAGGAAACAACGGUAAUCCUGUUCUUCCUGUGUUCCUUGACGAGAAUCGUUUCCAAUAUCAAACAAAUACUUCAAAUCAGUUGCAGCUGUUUGGAAAUGUUGCGAAUGGAUGUGGUGUUGAUCCAGUAAAUUAUUUCGGAAAUGAUCACAUGACUCCCAUGCUUCGGCCUAAUAAAAGAAGCAGGGAAAUAGAUGAUAUCUCUAGGCAACAAAAGCUUCAAAUUUCAUUGAAUUAUAAUGUUUGUCAAGAUGAAGCUGAUCGUUCAGGAAGCAUUCCGAACCCAAACCCUGUAUCGACAGGUUUAAGAUUAUCAUAUGAUGAUGAUGAGCGCAACUCGACUGUUACUUCUGCAAGUGGAAGCAUGACCGGGGCACCUGCAAUCAUUUACUCCCUUGGGGACAAUGUUAGAACAGAGCUUGAUCGGCAGAAAGAGGAGUUUGACCAGUACAUGAAAAUACAGGUAAUAAUAAAUACCCUCCAACCACUUCCGAAAUCCUCUCAUUUCGGUUAUCAUUUUUAUUCUAACUCCCUAUUCACACAGGAGGAGCAAUUGGCAAAAGGGGUAAGGGACAUGAAGCAAAGACACAUUGCUUCAUUUCUUACUGCCAUCGAAAAAGGUGUGAGCAAGAAACUACGCGAGAAAGAUGCAGAAAUUGAGAACAUAAACAGAAAGAACAGAGAACUAGUAGAGAGAAUGAAACAGGUGGCUAUGGAAGCUCAGAGUUGGCACUAUAGAGCAAAAUACAACGAGUCAGUCGUGAACGUUCUGAAGAGCAAUCUCCAGCAGGCGAUUUCACAAGGUGCAGCAGACCAAGGUAAGGAAGGAUUUGGAGACAGCGAAAUCGACGACGCUGUCUCCUACAUUGAUCCGAGCAACAUGUUAAGCAUUCCUGGCACAACAAUAAAUUCACUUCCAAAGAACCAGGGUUCUCGGGACACUAUGACUUGCAGAGCCUGCAAAUCAAGGGAGGUCUCCAUGUUGUUGAUGCCUUGUAGGCAUUUGUGUUUAUGUAAAGAGUGUGAUGCCUUUAUUGGUGCUUGCCCAGUAUGCCAGUUGAUGAAAACUGCUAGUGUUCAAGUGUAUCUGUCUUAAUACAUCUAAAGCAACUAACUUAAAAAAUGAGAAGUUUGUUGCUGCUUGAUAUUUGUUAUUUUUACUCACUCAAGUUUAAAGAAAGAGAAAUUGUAAACAUAAAAUAUAUAUGGUUUGGCUGGGUGAACAUUAGUUUUAUUUCCCUUAAUGUAAUUAAUUAGUUUAUGUGAUCA